UCCUCCUCUACCCCCAACAACAAAAAGAGCAAAAAAAAGUAGAUACAAAAGGGCUUCCCACUCUUAGAGUGUCAUGGGCAUGGAAUAUGGCCAACUUGGAGUCCUUGUUACAGAAAUGCACCUCCCUCGCGUGCAUCAAGCAGCUCCAAGCGCACCUUCUUACCAGUGGCAAAUUCCAAUUCUACCCCUCCCUCACCACCACACUCCUCGAGCGCUGCGCCCUCUCCCCCGUCGCCAACCUCCCUUACGCCACAGCCCUCUUCCGCCACCUCCAAAACCCUUCCACCAAUCAAUGGAACGCCGUCGUUCGAGGCCUCGCCCAGAGCCUCCAACCCACCCAAGCCAUCGCAUGGUACAAGACCAUGUCCCAAGCUUCCCAGAAAAUCGACGCCCUCACGUGCUCCUUCGCUCUAAAGGCGUGCGCACGGGCAUUGGCUUUCUGUGAGGCAAUGCAGAUUCACUCUCAGAUUGUACAGUUCGGAUUUGGAGCCGACGUGCUGCUGCGAACCACUUUGCUGGACGUCUAUGCGAAAGUGGGUGAUUUGGGGUUUGCACAGAAGGUGUUUGAUGAAAUGGGUCAAAGAGAUAUUGCUUGUUGGAAUGCUUUAAUUUCUGGGUUGGCUCAGGGGAAUCGACCCACUGAAGCUAUAGCUUUGUUUCAGAGAAUGAGCGAGGAAGAGGGUUUGAAGCCUAAUGAAGUCACGGUUCUUGGUGCGCUCUCCGCCUGUUCGCAAUUGGGUGCACUCAAAAGAGGAGAGAAAGUACAUGCCUAUAUAAUGGAUGAGAAGCUUGAUAUGCACGUCAUUGUUUGCAAUGCGGUUAUUGAUAUGUAUGCGAAAUGCGGCUUUGAGGACAAAGCAUAUUUGGUGUUUGAGAAUAUGAAAUGUGGGAAGAAUCUAAUAACGUGGAAUACGAUGAUUAUGGCGUUUGCUAUGCAUGGCAAUGGUGACAAAGCACUUGAGCUUUUCGGACAGAUGGAUAAAAGUGAGGUGUGCCCAGAUGCAGUGUCGUAUCUUGCUGCUUUGUGUGCCUGCAACCAUGCCGGGCUGGUGGCAGAUGGGGUCAGGUUAUUUAAUUCGAUGGCAGGGCAUGGGGUUGCCCCUAAUGUUAAGCAUUAUGGAACUGUGGUUGAUUUGCUGGGAAGAGCUGGGCGUAUUCAAGAGGCUUACGAGAUUAUAAAUUCUAUGUCUAUGUUUCCUGAUGUGGUACUCUGGCAAACUUUACUUGGUGCUAGCAAGACUUAUAGGAAUGUAGAGAUGGCAGAACUGGCGUCUCGGAAACUGAUUGAGUUGGGGUCUAAGGGUUGUGGUGAUUUCGUGUUGUUAUCAAAUGUUUACGCGGCUCAUGAGAGAUGGGAUGAUGUAGGCAGAGUGAGGGAGGCCAUGAAGAAAAGGGAUGUGAAGAAGAUACCGGGUUUUGGGUACAUAGAAGUGGAAGGUAUGAUACACAAAUUCGUGAAUGGUGAUCAGAGCCAUACUAAUUGGCGUGAGAUUUAUGCAAAGCUGGAUGAGAUCAUGUUCAGGAUUAAAGCCUAUGGAUAUGCGGCCAAGACUAAUAAUGUGCUGCAUGAUAUAGGGGAGGAGGAAAAAGAGAAUGCAUUGAGCUACCACUGCGAGAAAUUGGCUGUGGCGUUUGGUUUGAUUAGUACCAGUGAAGGGACACCAAUUCAAGUGAUUAAGAACCUAAGAAUAUGUGAGGAUUGCCAUGUUGUGAUCAAACUUAUUUCGAAGGUUUAUAACAGGGAAAUAAUUGUGAGGGAUCGAGCCCGGUUUCACAGAUUUAAAGAAGGAUUAUGCUCUUGCAGAGAUUAUUGGUGACAUUCAUAUGUUAUAAACGUAUAAAGCAAACUGGAGAUUUGAAAUAAGUGAUUUCCAGUUAAUUUGAAGAGACGUUCUGAAAGAACAUAUCC